AUGUUCCAGAUCGCCCGCUCCGUGCGCCUGCUCCCGGCCGCGGCCCGCGCCACCAGGACGGAGGCCACGAGCGUCCUGGCCUGCCGCUUCUUCUCCUCCCCGGCGCUCCAGGCGAACAAGACGACCAAGUCAUCUUCAGGCCCGCAGAUCUCGGCCAUGGCGAAGUUCGCCCCCGGCGCCCUCGAGAAGCGCCACGCGGGUGUGUCCGUCCUAGGCUGCGCCAUCGCCAUGGUCGCCGUCGGCGGCUGCGCUCAGGGCAUCGGGCAGCUCUUCGCCGCGCUGGUGGUGGGCAUGGCGCGCAACCCGUCCAUGAAGGAACCUGUUCACGUACACGCUCAUCGGCAUGGGCUUCCUGGAGUUCCUCGCCAUCGUGGUCAUCCUCAUCGCCGGCCUGCUCCUCUACUCCGAGUGAGCACAACCCUUGGCGGAAUCGGGCGGCCGCCCGCACGGGCUCGCGUGCGACGCCGCGCGGUCCUUAUUGUUGCUUGCAGAGGAAAACUGUUCCAAGCUUAG